AUGGCGACAAUUGCUUCCAAGAACAUCUACGAACUGCUGGGCAACGACCCCGAGCUGGACCCCGAUAGGCCAGCUGACCCGCCAACCAAGGCCAUCGACAAGCCUGUCCAGAGGGUUGGUAAGCGCGAAGGCGGUGAUGCCCCCAAGGCCGCCGCUCCCGAGCGAGUGAACCAGAACCGCACCAAGCAGUCCGCGAGUGCAAACGAGAACGCUUUCCGGGAUCGCGGCGCUGGUGCUGACAGGAACCGCAACAGGGGCACUGGUGAGCCCGAUGCUCCCCGAGGUGACCGUGGUGACCGUGGCGACCGAGGUGAUCGAGGCGGCCGUGGACGCGGUCGUGGUGGUCGCGGAGGAGGCCGUGGUGGCUUCGGUGGUGACCGUCACAGCAGGACCGGCAUUGCCGAGCACGAGAAGCAGGCUGCUCACGGCUGGGGCGGAAACGACGGCGACGCCGAACUCGCUGACGAGAAGGCUGGCGAGGACAUCGCCCAGGCUGAAGUAAAGGAGACCGUCACCGAGACUGCUGAGGCCGAGGCCGCCGAGCCCGAGCCCGAGGACAACACCAAGUCUUACGUCGCCUACCUUGCUGAGCUUGCUGAGAAGAAGCUCCAAAUCGCCACCAACCUCCGCCAGGCCAACGAGGGCAGCAGCAAGAAGUUCCCCGAGGGUACUGCUGUUGAGCGUGAGGAGGAGGAAUCCUACAUGGCCGGCUCCGGAGGCAAGGCCAAGCGUGAGCGCGCGCGCAAGGAGAAGGUUCACGUCGAGCUCGACGGUGACCGCAUGCUUGCUCCUCCUCCCCGUGAGGGCGGUAGCCGAGGUGGUCGUGGUGGCCGUGGUGGCCGUGGUGACCGCGGUGAGUUCCGUGGCGGCGAGGGACGCGGUCGCGGCGGCGGUGAAUUCCGCGGUGGACGUGGUCGUGGCGAGGGUCGUGGAGAUCGCGAAGGUCGCGGACGUGGUGACGCUCGUCCCCGUGGCGAUGCUCGUCCUCGUGGCGGUCGUGGCGGCAACCAGUCCGGCCCCAACAUUGCCGACUCCAGCGCUUUCCCCAGCCUGGGCGCAUAA